AAAAUGGCUCCAAAGGUUAAAUGAAGCAGGAAAAAUACAUAGAUGCAGCCUUGCAGCCUCUCCAGAUGUUUGGGGAUAAUAUUCCAGAUAGAAAUAUUGAUCCCUUGGAUUAGGUAACUAGUCAUAAUGAAGAAAAUUAGUCUUAAAACCUUACGGAAAUCUUUUAACUUGAAUAAAAGUAAAGAAGAAACUGAUUUCAUGGUAGUACAACAACCAUCGCUAGCCAGUGACUUUGGAAAAGAUGAUUCCUUAUUUGGUAGCUGCUAUGGUAAAGAUAUGGCCAGCUGCGAUAUCAACGGUGAAGAUGAAAAAAGCGGAAAAAACAGAUCAAAAAGCGAGAGCCUGAUGGGUACGCUAAAAAGGCGGCUUUCUGCAAAACAGAAGUCAAAAGGCAAGGCGGGCACACCCUCUGGGAGCUCUGCCGAUGAGGACACCUUCUCCUCCUCCUCAGCACCCAUAGUCUUUAAAGACGUGAGAGCUCAGAGGCCGAUAAGGUCCACCUCGCUCCGCAGCCAUCACUACAGUCCCACGCCGUGGCCUCUGCGGCCCACAAACUCCGAAGAGACCUGCAUCAAGAUGGAGGUGAGAGUCAAGGCCUUGGUUCACUCUUCCAGCCCGAGUCCAGCCCUGAAUGGCGUCCGGAAGGAUUUCCACGACCUCCAGUCUGAGACCACGUGCCAGGAGCAAGCCAAUUCACUGAAGAGCUCGGCUUCUCAUAAUGGAGACCUGCAUCUUCACCUGGAUGAACAUGUGCCUGUCGUUAUUGGACUUAUGCCUCAGGACUACAUUCAGUAUACUGUGCCUUUAGAUGAGGGGAUGUAUCCUUUGGAAGGAUCACGGAGCUAUUGUCUGGACAGCUCUUCUCCCAUGGAAGUCUCUGCGGUUCCUCCUCAAGUGGGAGGGCGCGCUUUCCCCGAGGAUGAGAGUCAGGUAGACCAGGACCUAGUUGUCGCCCCAGAGAUCUUUGUGGAUCAGUCCGUGAAUGGCUUGUUGAUUGGCACCACGGGAGUCAUGUUGCAGAGCCCGAGAGCGGGUCACGAUGAUGUCCCUCCACUCUCACCAUUGCUACCUCCAAUGCAGAAUAAUCAAAUCCAAAGGAACUUCAGUGGACUCACUGGCACAGAAGCCCACGUGGCUGAAAGUAUGCGCUGUCAUUUGAAUUUUGAUCCGAACUCUGCUCCUGGGGUUGCAAGAGUUUAUGACUCAGUGCAAAGUAGUGGUCCCAUGGUUGUGACAAGCCUUACAGAGGAGCUGAAAAAACUUGCAAAGCAAGGAUGGUACUGGGGACCAAUCACACGUUGGGAGGCAGAAGGGAAGCUAGCAAACGUGCCAGAUGGUUCUUUUCUUGUUCGGGACAGUUCUGACGACCGUUACCUUUUAAGCUUGAGCUUUCGCUCCCAUGGUAAAACACUUCACACUAGAAUUGAGCACUCAAAUGGUAGGUUUAGCUUUUAUGAACAGCCAGAUGUGGAAGGACAUACAUCCAUAGUUGAUCUAAUUGAGCAUUCAAUCAGGGACUCUGAAAAUGGAGCUUUUUGUUAUUCAAGGUCUCGGCUGCCUGGAUCUGCAACUUACCCCGUCAGACUUACCAACCCAGUGUCCCGGUUCAUGCAGGUGCGCUCGUUGCAGUACCUGUGUCGUUUUGUUAUACGUCAGUAUACCAGAAUAGACUUAAUUCAGAAACUGCCUUUGCCAAACAAAAUGAAGGAUUAUUUACAGGAGAAGCACUACUGAAAGAUUGAGAACCCUGCAUCUUGCACUUUGGGAAUAAGAACAAGAGAUUGAAAUACAGUUUACAAACUUUUCAUUGCCAUCAAAAUCUUUUGCUGCCAUAACUAUUUCAGUUUUAUGUGUAAAAGAGUCAUCAGUUUGUUUAGGGGUGGGGAAGUGUCAGCAAGGUGUCUUGGGUUUAUUUUGGUUCUUUAAAAAAGGGAAGUCUUGAGGUUUUAGAGGUGUGAAUUAUGUUUCAUCAAUGUGCAGAAUAAUCACAAUGUGAAUUAUUAAAUUCUCCUCAAUGCCCCCCCGCCCAGUCCUUUGCUGCUAUCCACUGUGAUUUUUAUGCAUUAAAAGCACAUUUCAUGUGUAUUCAACCCUAAGUAAAGUUGAAUGAAACUUAACAGAAUGGAAAUUGCUAUGUCUUUUUAAAUGGUCCAUUUUCAAAAGACAGUGUUGAAUAAACAUACCUGCGUGAUAAAACACAGAAUUUACAUAUACACUGAAGAUGAGUUUUUAAUCUCUUACUUUAAAAAGAUUUAUUUAGAAUCGUGAAUUGACAUAAUCUUGGGUAAUGGAACGGAGAUCUGCAUCAUAUCUUUUAACAACACUUUUUUCUAAAUUAUUUCUAAGGUUGUGCUAAUUCUUUUGGUUGUGAAAAGUUGAGUUUUUCUGUUGCCUUCGUUUUCAUCUUCUAGUUUGUCUAUUUUAAUAAAUGGCCUUACAUUAAAAAAUUGUAAAGAAGUGUAUACCACCAAUUUAGAAAUUGUUGCCUUUUCUGUAAUUAAACUUGGGUACAAAUUGGCAUAACAUGAAAACCUAUGGAACUAGAAUUAUUAUUAAAGAAAUAUUAGAUGAUCAUA